UUCUCUUUAAUUGUACGAUUUCCUUAAUUUCCUUUCCUUCUCCACUCCAUUCCAACCACGUCUCUCGCCGAUGGCCACCAUGGAGCGCCGUAAAACGUUGACCAUGAACUGGGAAGGCCUCGGCGACGACGAUGACGACGACCACUUUUUCGAGACCUACAACCGCCUCUCCACCGCCGUGCCUCGUAAUUUGAUCGACGACGACGACGAGGAGAUAGACGGUUUCGAGGAAAGCCGUCUCUCCUUCGCCUCCACCAUGUCUUCCAUGCAGUCCAUCAAUCCCCGAAUGUCAAACUUCACCGCAAACUUCACCGGAAAACCCAACUACGACAUCUGGAUGGCCGCGCCGGGAUCCAUCACCGAACGCCGAAGAAAACUGCUUGGCAGCAUGGGCCUCGACGAGAACAAGGAACUCCUCAAAGCCACCAGCGCCGCCAUCGCCCGUGCCAUGACCAAAAAAUUCGAGAACAACCACGCCCACAACGACACCGUCGUCCAGAAUAACAACUACGCCGUCAAAUCAACAAUUCGCGUCGAGAAACAGAAAACGACGAGACAAAAAACAACGAGACAAAAAACAACGAACCACAGAACAUCUCCCUUGCAGCCCGUUUUUGUCCUCGUCCGGUCACGUUCCGAGAACGACAUUGACAGCUACUCCAUGGAGAAAUCGCGAAAGCACGAAUUCAUUGGAAAGGUGUCGAAGCAGCGCUUGACGAGAACUGCUACGGAGAUUACUCGGCGGCGGUAUGCCGUCGCAGACAAGACUCGCCUCAUAGUGAAGGAGGGAGGCGCAGAUUCCAAUACGGGGAGUCGACAUGUGUCAACUCCUUCGAUAGGAAUGUCAGGAGUGGGGGCAUUUUUCUUGAUAAAGAAUCUCGACACGGGGAAGGAGUUUAUCGUUAAGGAAUACGGAGAAGAUGGGACGUGGAACAGGCUAAGCGAUUUGCAAACGGGUAAGCAGUUGACGAUGGAGGAGUUUGAGCGCACGGUAGGGCAUUCGGAGGUGGUGAAGGAGGCGAUGCGGCGAGCGAAGGGGCGCAGCAGUAAGAAGAUGUUGUCGAACUCCAUUUCGAAGAGUCUGAGGUUGAGCAAGAGGCGAGGGGCAUCGUUGCUGAAGAACAUAAAGGGCGUGGCGAGCGGGUUCGUGGGGGAGCGUGAGCGAGAGGCGCCGUCUCACGCUACGGCUGUGGUGGAGGCAACGACAAAGAACGAAUGGGUGCGAGUGCGGCAGACCGGGAAGUCGCAGAAAGAGCUAUCGGCGCUGCACAUGUGCCAGGAGUUUCAGGCGCACGAGGGGUGCGUGUGGACGUUGAAGUUCAGUUUGGAUGGGAGGUAUUUGGCGAGUGCCGGAGAGGACAAGGUGAUACACGUGUGGGAGGUGCAGGAGUGUGACGUCAUGUCCAUGAGGCCCGAGGAUGGAAACUUGACGCCGAUUCAUCCCUCGCUGCUUUCUUCCGGCGAUACGCCGCCAUUGUCGGCGGAUAAGAAGAAGAAAGCAAAGAAUGGCAGCAAGAGGGGGGGCGCUAUUCCGGACUACGUUCAUGUUCCGGAAACCGUGUUCUCGCUCUCAGAAAGACCCUAUUGUUCUUUCACUGGCCAUUUGGAUGAGGUCUUGGACUUGUCCUGGUCCAAAUCUCAGUUACUUCUUUCAUCUUCCAUGGAUAAAACAGUGAGGUUGUGGGAUUUGGAAACUAAGUCUUGCCUGAAAUUCUUUGCACAUAAUGACUAUGUAACCUGCGUGCAGUUCAACCCAAUUGACGAAGAUUAUUUCAUUAGUGGAUCUCUUGAUGCGAAGAUCAGAAUGUGGAACAUCCCUGCACGUCUCGUUGUGGAUUGGACUGAUAUACAUGAAAUGGUUACUGCUGUUUCUUACACCCCUGACGGCCAGGGUGUUCUAGUGGGUACACAGAAAGGGAGUUGUCGAAGUUACACCAUAGAAGAUUACAAGUUGACUCAAUCCAACACAAUCGAGCUUCGAAACAAAAAGAAAAAUCUACUGAAAAAGGUUACAGGUUUCCAGUUUUCCCCGGGUGACCCAUCACAAGUGCUUAUAACUUCAGGCGAUUGCAGGACAAGAAUUGUGGAGGGCACACAAGUUGUGCAAAAGUUUAUAGGUUUUCGAAAUGCAAGUAGCCAAAUUUCAGCUUCAUUCAGUCCAAAUGGAAGGUACAUCAUAAGUGCAAGUGAAGACUCACAAGUGUAUGUGUGGAAGCAUGAAGAGAUGCACUCUGGUGGAAAAGGCAGGAAUGUGAUUGCUAACCAAGCUCACGAACAUUUCCCAUGUAAAGAUGUUUCAGUAGCAAUACCAUGGCCUUGCAACGUUAAGGGUGAUCUACCACCAUCAUUGGCAGCGCAAAACCCCAAGAAGAACUCAAGCCCUGCUGCCCCUGCUGCAAACAACAAGAAAAAUUUGCCACCUCUCCCAAAGAAAAGUAACAACCAACCCACAGAAAGUAGCCCAGGGUCCCCAGAGAAAGACCCUGCAGCAAUCUCACGCACAGAAUCUGGAGUUGGAGAUUCAGUUGGGGGCAGCAAGAGAACGGUGCCUGCUAAGAAAAGUAACAACCAAGCAAUGGAAGGUGACUACACUCCCAUAGAAGAAGAACUGGAAGCAAUUACUCGGUCAGAUAAUGGAUCAAGCGAUUCUCUUGCUUCAGGCUCUUCAUCAGGUAGACAUGGUGGUGAUUCAGCUUCUAUAUCUGCUGCAGCUCCUCCAUCAGGUUCAUCUUGGUCUUCCAAUUACUCAACAAGUGAUGGUUCCAAUGGUGCCUCGUCCAUGAACCCUUCAGCAUGGGGAAUGGUAAUUGUGACAGCUGGUUUUGGAGGUGAAAUUAGGUGUUAUCAGAAUUUUGGGCUACCUAGGAGGAUGAGACAGAACACUCUCUUCAUGGGCCCUACAUUAUAAUAACAUAGCACUAACAUCUUUUUCCAUGGCAAAAUUAACGUAGUGGCUGUUUCGCUUUUGAAAAUUUGGAAGGAAGGAGUGGAGUGUGAUAAAUGUAGUAAAUCUUUUAAGCAAUUUUGUUUCUGUUUACUUGACUUGUAAUAGCCUCAAUCAGGUAUCUGCUAGAGAAAGUGUUGAGGGGUUUAGGUAAAUGCAUGAGGUCACAUUCUAACUUCAAUGCAACAAUUGUACACAAAAAUUUAGUAGCCUCAGUCUCCUCUUUAGUUAUUAAUU